UUUCAUAACACACGCAUACAUAUGAAUAUAUUCAGACACGCAUAAAUACAGUCCAGUCCUUUACCUUCAUCAUCAACAAAGGUGCAAACGAGCAAGGCUCGUUUGUACUCUUCUACCCUUCUUUCUGCUGCACACAGUGCUAUACACAGAACACUUUCAUUGAAGAAACAGAUUUGAUAACUGAGACAUGGGAAGGAAAUUAGAUGCUUUACUUGGAAAGGGCUUCAAAACAUCAAAAUUCAAAGCCACAUUGAACCUCGCCUUAUCCCGCCUUUCCGUGCUUAAGAACCAGCGCCAUGCUCGCUGCUCGGUUGCCCGCUCCGAUGUGGUGGAGUUCCUUAAUCUUGGCCACCAUGAUAGAGCUCUUCUAAGGGUUGAGCAAGUAUUAAAAGAGCAAAAUAUGUUGGAUGUUUUUGCUGUUAUGGAGGGCUACUGCAAUCUGUUGAUAGAGAGAAUUAACCUCAUAGAACAAGAAAAAGUAUGUCCUGAUGAAUUGAAGGAAGCUGCGUCAAGCUUGAUUUAUGCCACUACAAGAUGUGGGGAAUUCCCAGAACUUCAAGAGAUUCGUGCAAUUCUCAUAUCACGAUAUGGGAAAGAAUUUGCAGCUCGCGCUGUUGAAUUGCGUAACAAUUGUGGAGUUAAUCUUCAGAUUAUACAAAAGCUGUCAACUAGAACUCCAAGCUUGGAGAACAAAAUGAAGGUUGUUAAGGAGAUCGCUUCAGAGUAUAACAUUGUUCUUCAAAUUGAGGAGACUCCAUCAGCCACUGGAGUGGAAAUUCUGGAUUCAGAGCAGAAAAACCAUUCCACCUUGUCAGGAGUUUCUAAUCCAGGAGAAAAUAGGGUUGUACAGCCUGAAAAUAUAGAAAGGGUCGAAGAUUUAUCAGUUCCAGUAAAUAUGAGGAAGAAAUACAGGGAUGUGGCUGAUGCAGCCCAAGCAGCUUUUGAGUCAGCAGCUUAUGCUGCAGAAGCUGCAAGAGCAGCGGUUGAACUGUCUCGGUCGGGAUCAACUGAUCCUGAUGACCCAAGUAGUCCAAACCUCCAACCGAGGAAAGUAUCACCAAAGCUUGAAUUUGUGAAAUCUAAACUUCAAACCAAUGAGGAUGAACAAGUUGAACUGAAAUAUGAGAAAAUCCAUUCAGUUCAGAACUAUGAUUUGGAAAAUCAAGAUGAAAGUUUACGUAUGGAGCAGUUUAAGCAGAGAGACGGAACACAGGUUAGCAAAUCACCAUCCGUUUCUAGUUUGGAUUCAAUAGAUGACAAUGUUAAGGAAACUAACAUGUCAUCUGAUGAAAAGAUUCAGACACAGACAUUGGAGACGGAGAUAGUUUUUGAUGAAAGUGAUGAUGAAAAUGAACCUGAAAGCAUAGCACGAUCGCCGAAGGCUUAUAACUUUGAUUCCAACAUUCAAGACAAGAUACCAGAAGGGAGCAGCAGAGAUCCUCAAUAUUCAUCUCAAAAGUUUUUUCCUUUUAGAUCUCAAACUCGAAUGGAAAUGGAGUCGAGGCCUGAAAAUUCUCGGGAAAGCUUUGUUGAUGAAAUAAGGGGCCAGGGUGUAGAACAUUUGAAAAUUAAAAAGAGUCCAAUUUCUGUAAGGACCAGACGCACAUAUGGUCGGUGACAGCAGAUUGUAAUACAAACAGAUUUUUUGAGCUUUCCUGUAUUAGUAUAUGCCAUCCUGCGAAUUGUUUCUGUUAUAUGAUCAUAAGGUUUCUCAAAUUCUAUGUAAUGUUUGCUCGGUUGCACUCCCGAGUUCAUAAUUUCCAUAUGUGAAGCAUAUAAUUAUUCAAUUUCUUGUUA